AUGCCGAGAACUCUGACAAAAGUACAAAGAAUUUUUGUCUUCAAACAAUGGUGGAUAUCAGGAAAAAUAUCACUAACAGCAAAUGCGGCUUUUCGAAAUGAAUUUCCUGGCGAAAAAGUUCCAACUCGUCAAACAAUGUCUCGACUAGCAAAAAAAUUUGAUGAGACAGGUUCUAUCGAAGAUGAACCACGAAAUGGCCGACCAAUAACAGUUAGGACAGAAGAAAAUAGGCAACGUGUUUCUCAAACUUUUCUUUUGAAUCCACGAACAUCACAAAGGCAUGCAUCAGAUGAUCUUAAUAUCUCACGCACAAGUUUACAACGUCUUAUGAAAGGUCUAAAUUUAAAACCAUACAAACCAAGAUUAUUACAAGCCUUAAAUAAAGAUGAUCCUGAUCGGCGACUCGAAUUUUGUGAAUGGAUCUUAGAUUCAACUCAAGAUGAUCAAACUCUAUUGGAUCAAAUUCUAUGA